AUGGCGACCCUUUCGAGUCUCUUCGACAAUAAUCCCUUCCGCCGCGCCGCCAUACCCUCCGCGCCCUCCCCAGGCCCUGGCUCUGCAGCUGCGCCCGCCGGGAAAACCCCCCCACCUUCCGCGCGCACAGGGCCAUCCCCUUCCGCCAAGCUGGGGGCUGCGCUAGCGGAAGCCGCUGCGUUCCGGAAUCCCGCGGGGAAAGGGGAGGGGAAAUCGGAAGAAAGAGAGAAGAGCGGAAAGAAGACGAAGAAGCGCAAAGGGAGCGAGACGGAGGGGGGCGGGGGAGUGGAAGAAGAGGAAGAAGAGGAAGAAGAGGAAGAAGAAGAGGGGGAGGAAGCGGAGGAGAAGGAGGAUGGGCAAGGUGCAGGAGUGGCAGGAGCGGCGGAGGAGAGCGUGGCCAAGGGCACGGCGAAGACAACAGCAGCGGCCUCGGCGGAGGCGGCGACGGCGGAGCGGGCGCUGACCGGGGCGGAGAGGCGCGCGCAGAAGCGCGCGGAGAAGCAGCAGGCGCGCGAGGAGCGCGCGGAGAAGCUACAGCGCACGGUGUUCGUGGGGAACCUGCCCGUGGGCGUGGGGCGCAAGGCCCUCGCGCGCCUCUUCACGCCCUUCGGCCCUGUCGAGUCCGUGCGCCUGCGCUCCAUGCCCCUCGCCGACGACGUGAGUCAGCCUCUGAUCAAGAAGAUGCCGCGUCGGUCUGCGGUGCUCAAGAACAAAAUCUCCGCCACCCACAAGAGCUGCAAUGCAUACGUGGUGUUUAAGAGGCAACACUCAGUCACACCAUCACUCGCUCUCAACAUGACCCUGUUUGAGGGGAGGCAUAUUCGGGUGGACCGUGCUGCUGCUCCCGCACCCCCCAAGUCCGCCUCUGCAGCAGCCUCGGCAGCAGCAGCAGCGGAGGAAGCAGCAGUGCCAGCAGCAGCAGCCAAGUACGACCCGUGGCGGUCGCUGUUCCUGGGGAACCUGCCACACGACGUUGAUGAAGAGGAGGUGCUAUCGCUGUUCUCAGCACCCCUGGCAGCAUCAGCCCGCUCCUCAGCACCCGCUGUGACAGCUGGGGAUGUGGAGGGGGUGCGCGUGGUGAGGGAUCGCCACACCAACCAGGGCAAGGGCAUUGCAUUCGUGCUCUUCAACACCCGGGAGGCAGCGAGGACAGCACUGUCCCAGCGGCGCAAGGGAGCAGAGGUGCGGGGGCGAGCUGUCAGAGUGAUGCCCCUGUCUCUCAGGGCACAGGAGCAGACCCGUGCUAAAGCCCAGAUGCAGGCGGAGAAGCGUGGGAGGAAGGCUGGUAGGCCGGGGGCGGUUGGAGCGGGAGAUGGGGGAGGGAGAGGAGGCGGAUGGGGGAUGGGGAGGGGUGGCGGUUUUGCGGGUGCUGGUCGGGGGGGAGGGAGGGGAGGAGGGAGGGGAGGAGGAGGCGGUGAGGGUGGUGAGGGAGGGCAGGGAGGGGGAGGGUCAUACCAGGGGGCAAAGGCAAGUUACGUAGAUUUGCCGUGUUCCGUGGAGGUGUGUCUGAGGGUAUGCUGUAACUACGGUAUGAUUCAUCAGUUAUGA